GAACAAUCUAUGCUGAAAUAUUUAUCGUUCUCUGAAAUGACAAGAGGGCCACCACCAACCGGAGCCUGGCCUUCCAAAAGUGCCUCCUCAUAAUCACUGUCGGCUGCAACGGACUCGGGCAAUGGAGGUUGCACAAACGCAAGUGCGGGAUCAACCCAUACUGGUAGCGUCCAGACGUAUUCCAACGUUGGUUCUUAUCAUCCCUCAGGCGUACGGUCACGAGAGGAUGGACAACAAAACUGCACUGCACCUACUAUGGUUGCUCUCAGGCUUGGAAUGACAACUGGCUUCCAGGCUAUUCUUACCUUCCUUUGGGUCUUAUGCAUAAUCACCACCUGCCGUCCCUCCCGCUGUCACCAACACGAUAGAAUUCAAUCGACUCAGGCUCCGCCUCUUGCUACUCCGGAACCCAUCGCAGAACCAGACACGCUUCCCCCGUUACUUUUAAAUAAAUCCUGGGAUGAAGCCAUGGUACCUUUUCCUAAAUCCGCCGGACUCACACAAGCUCUUCUUAGUUAUAAAGUUAAACAUCUUACUCAUACCACGGAGUUUGAGCGCAAAUCGCUCCCUGCAUCUCGGGAGCAUGACCCAACAUUCCACCGGAAACCGGCCAUUGGAGAAACGUAAACUAGACUACGUUCAUCUUGCCAAUGGAGCCGAACCCCGUUCGCCGAUGUCAGUUACGAAGUCAAUUUCUCAGAAUCAUGCUAGAAAUGAGGCUUCGAUAAUACCGCGAAUCUCUUUUGAGCCUAUCUGAAACCCCCCAAUGUCUCAAUGAGGAUGGAGAUACGACAACCUCUAUCCUUCGUGUGCUCAUAUGGAUGCCAAGACGCAAAAUCGAGAUGUACAGAUGGAGCAUGAUCUAGCGAAGAACGAAGAUUGACCUUUGCGGAAGGCUGUGAAGAACUCUCAUGCAGCUUGUGCUCUGAGCUUGAGCAACCCUCGUCUCGCAGCUCAGGAUGAAGCUGCUGUCCUUACUUCAGACCGACACCCAGGCCUUAACGAGCAACUCAAAAACAUUGAAACACAUGCAGCAGUGAGAUAUGAUCAAUCUGUUAUUUGGAAAAGAAGGGCUAUUCUACCCUUUAAUAAGCCAAACCGCGGUCU